AUGGUUCAGCAACAACAACAGAUGAUGGUUCCACAACCUCAAGCUUAUCAAGUAAUGCAGCCCCAAAUGCCACCGAAUCCAUUUUUGGGAGCUGCUAGAGGAAUGAUGCAACCUCCAUUACCUCAGGGUCCACCUGGAAUGAAGCACAUAUUGGAAAUUGCUGAAGAUGAACCGCUUAUGAAGAAACAGAAGACUGAAGAUUCUUUAGAACCCGAAAUACAGUUUAUGAUGAAGUUUAAUGGUCCUGUCAUGUUUAAUGUUGGAACACCUGUUCUCACCGACAAACCAGAAUGGGCCCUCAAUGGACAGAUAUUAAAUAUAACAUUACCACUUCAAGAAACGGUGUCUGUGAUUAAGACAAAAAUUCAUGAGUUAACUGGAAUGCCGCCUGGCAAACAAAAACUACAAUGUGAUGGAUUGUUCUUCAAAGAUUCCAAUACAUUAGCUUAUUAUAAUAUAGGACCUGGUUCAACCAUUCAUUUGCAAUUGAAAGAACGUGGUGGUCGUAAAAAGUAA